GAACGAAGCAAACCCUCGCAGCCGCCUUCAUCUGUUCCUCUCUCCCUUUCGUCUGCGCCUCCCGUCUCCUCUUCUUCUCCGGCCAGCAGCCGACGUCCGUCGCAUCGCCCUCUCUUCCUCUGGUCUGCAGUCCAUUCUAUCUUCUCCAUCCAACCAUGACAACGAGCUUCGGGGCAAACCCAGAAUUAUCAAGAUGUCUUAGGCUCUCUUCUCACAUACCGAGCGCCUCCCAACCCAACUUCCAUUCCUCCCGCAGAAGCUUUCUUCCUCUACCUUCCAACGAUGCGGGCGCCAAAACAACCGCAAUGGGGGUCUCAAUGUCAAGCGCAAACAGCAAAGGGCUUACGUACAAAGAAGCCGGCGUGGAUAUAGAUGCCGGGUCUGAGCUUGUCUGGAGAAUUGCGAAGAUGGCUCCCGGGAUUGGCGGCUUUGGAGGCCUUUUCCCUCUUGGGGAUUCAUAUCUGGUGGCUGGGACAGAUGGAGUGGGAACUAAAUUAAAACUUGCGUUUGAAACUGGAAUACAUGAAAGUAUUGGGAUUGAUCUGGUCGCAAUGAGUGUCAAUGACAUAGUCACUUCUGGAGCAAAGCCUUUAUUUUUCCUUGAUUACUUUGCUACUAGCCGUCUAGAUGUUGAUCAUGCUGAGAAGGUUAUAAGAGGCAUUGUUGAUGGCUGCCAACAGUCUGAUUGCACUCUUUUAGGUGGAGAGACAGCAGAGAUGCCAAGCUUCUAUGAAGAUGGUGAAUACGAUCUCAGCGGUUUUGCAGUUGGCAUUGUGAGGAAGGAUUCAGUCAUUGACGGGAAGAACAUUGUAGCUGGAGAUGUCCUUAUUGGCCUGCCGUCUAGUGGAGUCCAUUCCAAUGGUUUCUCUCUUGUUAGAAGGGUUCUUGCUCAGAGUGGCCUUUCUCUGAAGGACCAACUUCCCGGUCAAACUGUUACACUAGGAGAAGCGUUGAUGGCCCCAACAGUGAUAUAUGUCAAGCAGGUGCUCGAUAUCAUUAGCAAGGGAGGCGUAAAGGGAAUAGCCCACAUCACCGGCGGUGGUUUCACGGAUAACAUACCCCGAGUAUUCCCCAAAGGGCUUGGAGCCGUCAUCUACAAGGACUCUUGGGUGAUCCCUCCAGUGUUCAAAUGGAUAAAGGAGGCGGGAAGAAUAGAAGACUCGGAGAUGAGGCGGACGUUUAAUAUGGGUAUUGGGAUGGUUCUUGUUGUCAGCCCGGAAGCCGCCCUUAGAUUGCUAGGAGAUUCAGCAGCAUGUCGGAUAGGGGAGGUUGUAACUGGAGAUGGAGUAAUCUAUCAAUAAGAAAGAUAACUGGUUUUUGUCUCUCUCUUUGUACGCCCUCUUGCAAUGUUUUGAGUUAAUGCUGUACAGUUGAUUUCGGCUUCUGUGUUUGAACACAACUUUUGGUCGAAUCCAACGUUCAAUUUUAGCAUUUGAACUUUGUAUUCGACAACAAAUUUUGUUUGUUUU